AAGAGACCAUUCUAAUUUAAAUGAAAGAAGCGAAUUAGGGAGAUCAGCCAUCAGUUUCCAUAUAACUCGGUAAGCUCUUCUCCUGUUGUAAGGUGAAUAUCACUUGGCGAUAUAGACUUGGCUGGGCUGAGAGAUUAUGGGCAGAGCGACGUGGUUCGAUGCCGACGGGACAAAGAGAGGAGGAUGGACGGACGAGGAAGACCAAAAACUCGUCGCGUAUAUCAACGAAUACGGCAUCGGCGACUGGCGUUUUCUUCCUCGCAAAGCUGGUUUGCAGAGAUGUGGAAAGAGCUGUAGAUUGAGAUGGAUGAACUAUCUAAGGCCUGGGGUCAAGAAAGGCAAAUUCACUCCAGAAGAAGAAGAAGCUAUCAUGAAUUUCCAUUCUAUUCUCGGGAACAGAAUCUGUUGUAGAUGGGCAGCCAUAGCACAACAGAUGCCGGGUCGAUCAGACAACGACAUCAAAAACCAUUGGAAUUCUUGUCUCAAGAAAAGGCUCGAGAGACAAGGAAUCAACCAAAUGACCUAUCAACCAAUCAUUAACCUCGCCGUCAAAACACCGUCGUUCAACAUAGAUUGCGGCAACUCUUCCUCCUCCACGGUGAGUGCAUCUCCAUCUUUCUCCUCCUCCGGCUCAGCCAGUCUCCUUAACAGGCUUGCCACGGGUAUCUCAUCUAGACAACACGGUGUCGACAGGAUCAAGAACAUCUUCUCGGAUCCGAGAACCGCAAUCAUUACUGGUCAAGAAGAAGAGUUUGAAGAGUCGAAGAAGGAUCAUGGGAAGGCUUUAGCAAGUGAUGACCAGGAAGAUGAUUUUCUGAUGUGGGACGAGGAAAAUAUGAGGCGUUUCAUGGAGGAGAUUGGUCAAAUGGAUCCUGAAAUGAACGGAGUCUGUAACUCUAGUUCGUCGUCACCGUAUGGUAUCUAUGAGACUAGCCUACUUGAUGACUGACCUACUUGAUGAUCAUCUCAUUUGAUUAAUAAUGGUUUACUAUGUAUGAGAGAUGAUCGUUUAUGUAUUUACUUGCCACAUCUUUUUCUU